UUAAACUUUUUAAACCAUAGAUAAGAUAGUUCAAUCUAGUCCUAUUCAAACGCCUUUUUCCUUUGAUUCCUCUUUGAUCCAACUCAAUCCACCUCUAAUUUCCGAACUUUUCUCACCUCCACAAAAGCUCUCUCCUAAUUUUUCUGACCUAUUAUUUAACAAGACCGCCACAAUUUAGCUAUUCCUAAUAAUUAUUAGAUGUAGAUUCAAAAUUCAUACACAAUUUAUCUUGCAUAAAAUCACACAUUCAAUUCGACCAUACAAAAUUAUCAACCCCUUGUGGCGGCUUGAUUGAAUAAUUUCUUUCAUCGGAAAAUCCCCAAUUCCCGCCAUAAUCCGCCAUGCCCAGCAAACUCCGGAAGGCCCUCUACGCCGUGAAAGACCAAACCAGCAUUGGUUUAGCCAAAGUCUCCUCCUCCGCCGGCGGCCCCAAUGCCACCUCCUUAGAAGUCGCCGUCCUCAAAGCCACCACUCACGACGACGGCCCUCUCGACCACCGCUACGUCUCUGAAAUCCUUCAACUAAUCUCCGCCAACAAAUCCAACGCCGCCGCCUGCGCUCACUCCAUAGCCAAACGCAUCACCAAGACCCGUAAUUGGAUCGUCGCUUUGAAAUCCCUCAAUCUCGUCCUCAAGAUCUUCCAAGACGGCGAUCCUUAUUUCCCUAGAGAAGUUCUCCACGCUAUGAAACGCGGCGCCAAAAUCCUCAAUCUCUCGAAUUUCCGAGACGAUUCCAAUUCAAGCCCUUGGGAUUACACUGCUUUUGUUCGAACUUUUGCUCUUUAUCUUGAUGAACGAUUGGAUUGUUUCUUAACUGGGAAGCUUCAGAAACGAUUCACUCAACGGAAAAUAGAGAGUUACCAUGGAACUACCCGACGGAUUAACGAGCCGAUUCGUGAUAUGAAACCGGCGAUGUUGAUUGAUCGGAUUACUUACUGGCAGAAAUUGUUGGACAGAGCAAUUGCUACCAGACCCACCGGUCCGGCGAAGGGGAAUCGAUUGGUUCAACAUUCUCUUCACGCUGUUGUUCAAGAGAGCUUUGAUUUAUACAGGGAUAUCACCGAUGGGCUUGCGCUUCUUUUAGAUAGCUUCUUCCAUUUACAGUACCAAUCGUGUGUUAAUGCGUUUCAAGCUUGUGUUAAAGCGACGAAGCAAUUUGAGGAAUUGGGUUCGUUUUACGAUUUGUGUAAGAGUAUUGGGGUUGGAAGAACUUCUGAAUAUCCGAGUGUUCAACAGCCUUCCGAUGAGUUGAUUGAGACAUUGCAGGAAUUUUUGAAAGAUCAAGCUUCGUUCCCCUGUCAUGGCAGCCGGUCGCCGCCACCGCAGGCGAUUCUCCCCGGACCGACGACGAAACUCACUGACGAUCUCGAACAAUCCGAAUCGUCGGAUAAAAAUUCCGAGAGAGGGUCGGAUUUGAACUCUGUGGGGGAUAUCAUGAGCGCUACUGGAAGUUGGACCAGCCCUGCUAAUUCCGUCGAGCAAGACGGUGAAGGGUAUUCCGAUUAUCAAUCGGAGAAGCAAUCCCGGUUGGGAGAUUUCGCUAAUGAAUCGAAUCUGUCUCCGAAUUUCGCAUUCUUUGAAGAGAAUGGAACGCCUUUUCAAGAACCCCAAUUCGGGGCUACUCCGAGUGUGAGAUUUGGGGACUGGGAGCUCGUUCUGGCGGAGUCCGCGACGGGUUCGCCGCAAGAAUGGCCGGAUUUUUUCUCUCCAUCCAUCGGCGACGAUCUGUUUGCUAAACCCUUUUCGCCGCAGCACCAUUACAACAACCCAUUUCUUCAAGACUCAGACGAUUUAUUGGCAGUUCCGCCAACGUUCAAAGCAGAGAGGGAAAUCGCUCCAACAUUUCGAGCUCAGAAUUCGAAGGAAACAGUGAGUGUAGCCCCGACUUUCAGAGCAGAAACAGCAACAUUGAGCUCAAAGAAUCAAAAUUCUUCAAUGUUUGAAGCUUGGGGGACGGUUCAAAACGGACGUGGGUUUGGGUUUGAUGAUUUGGGGGUUGAAAACGAUCCAUUUGCAGGGCCGUGGAGUAGAAAUUUGAAUGGAAAUGAUCCAAAUUUUGAUCAAGAAAGUUUGAUGCAACAGCAGAAAUUAUGGAAAGAGCAGCAAAACAAGAUUAUAGCGAAGCAUUUAGUGUGAAUUUUGGAGAAGAAAAAUAUGGGAAAUUGGGAUGUAAAUUUAACAGGGUUAUAUUUGUUUGUAAAUAGCUUCGCAGACUUUAUUCAAUUCAUACGAAAAUCUACCUUGGAUAAUGCAAAACAUAUAGAGAUAAAUGAAUACUCCAGGAAAGAAUAAGAAAGUUUU